AACGAAGGAGCGCAGAAGGGGAUCGCAGAGAAGGGCGCGAUCGAGAGGGAGAGAAUUCGAUUCUAGGGUUUGUGAAUCCCUCCUCGAUUGAUCGCCCUUCUCGAUGGGAAUCAGCGAGAUCGUGAUUGAUCCUUGGUCGUAGACGAUCUGUUGAUUUCUUGGUUUCCGAAUUCGCCUCCUUCUCGGCUUUCUUCUCUCCUUUUGAUGUAUCUUCUCCUCUCCGACUCCGCCUCGGAUGCGAAGAGACCCCGCGAGUUUCUUAGCAUUCGAUCCCUCCUCUCCGCGCUGCAGAGAGAUUUCGGCUUCUGUUUGCCCAGGGAUAGAUGGGAUAAGGAGUUUGCGAAGCUACAGGCUGGUGUUUUACGGUGGCUCUGGAGAUGGGAUCGUCGCAAGGUUCGACCUUGACUUCGGCUACGGCCUCGGCGGCGGAUGUGGAUGUGGAUGUGUCUUUGCUCGAUUUGGUUCCAGUUUAUAUUAAGGAAUUGAUUGCUGGGGGCGCGGCCGGGGGUUUCUCUAAGAGUGCCGUUGCACCACUGGAGCGUGUGAAGAUUCUCAUGCAGACAAGAACGUCAGAGUUUAAAUCUCUUGGAAUUUUCCAAUCCUUGAAUAAGGUAAAGCAACAAGAGGGUAUUCUAGGCUUCUACAAGGGGAAUGGUGCUAGUGUUCUUCGAAUUGUGCCCUAUGCGGCACUACAUUUUAUGACAUACGAACAAUAUCGGUGCUGGAUUUUGAAUAACUGCCCCUCCUUGGGAAGUGGACCUUCCAUUGAUCUUUUAGCUGGCUCAGCAGCUGGUGGAACUGCUGUUUUAUGUACCUAUCCUCUAGAUUUGGCUCGGACUAAACUAGCUUAUGAGAUGGCUAACACAAGAAUUGGGAAUUCAUUGAGUUAUAAUGCCCAGCCUUCUUAUAAUGGUAUUAAAGAUGUUUUCAGAAGUGUCUAUAUGGAAGGUGGAUUACGAUCCUUGUAUCGAGGAGUUGGUCCAACUCUUAUUGGCAUUCUUCCUUAUGCUGGUCUGAAGUUUUACAUAUAUGAGGAACUCAAGACUCGGGUCCCCGAAGAGCACCAAAAAUCUGUUGUUUUACGGCUUUCCUGUGGUGCUUUAGCAGGCUUAUUUGGGCAGACUCUCACAUACCCACUUGAUGUUGUUAGGAGGCAGAUGCAGGUCCAGAACAAUCAGCAGUCUAAUCAACUUGGUUCUCCUCAAAUCAAGGGAACAAUUCAAGGGCUCAACUUCAUCGUUCGAAAUCAAGGAUGGAAACAAUUGUUUGCUGGUCUUAGCCUUAACUAUGUCAAGGUCGUUCCAUCAGUGGCCAUUGGUUUCACUGCCUAUGACAUGAUGAAAUCCAUCCUCCGGGUGCCGCCACGGGAAAAGACCGCUUCAGUACAAGCUUCUGCAUAAAGGGUCUUGUUCGAACUAUACAAAUCAAUGUUUUAUGAAAGCACUGAUGAUUCAAGAUUGAAGCAAAAUUCAGGAGAACCUGAUAGUAGUUUAAGUCUUGGCAUGGUGAAUUCAAGAUUGAAAUCAAAAUUCGGGAGAAAUACUUGUGUUAUCUCUUUAAAUGAAUUGAAAGUUGUAUGGUAUCUAUAAAUUGAUUGAAAGCUUUGUUUA